AUGCAAAUCGGCCUUCCUGUAUUACGUGAGGCCCUGAGGGGCAUCAACGGCACCAUUUUAGCUUAUGGCCAAACCGGCUCUGGAAAGACGCACUCGCUCCUCCACCAGUCGGCAAAGGGUGAGGAAGCUGGACUGCUGCCACGGCUUGUGGCAUCCUUGUUCCUUAUGAUCUCCCAAGACGUUGCCAACGUCUAUGAUGUCGAAGCAGCAGCAGUGCAGGUCUAUAACGAACAAGUGGACGACCUCUUGAAUCCAGACCACCAAAAUGGACAAGGCAAUAACUUGAACGUCCGUGAUGGUGGCAUCGUAACGGGCUUGAACUGGAUUCGAUGUAUGAAACCCGAUGAGAUGCUCGAAGCCUUCACAAGAGCUCGGGCCAAUGUGGUCUAUGCGGAGACGAAAAUGAACAAGGCCUCGAGUCGGAGUCACGCCAUCUUCCAGCUGCGGAUCUCCAAGCGCGAGCGGGUCUUCGAGGCUGCCAAGACAGGUCAGAAGGUGGAGUGCACCAUCGCCAGGCUGAAUGUGGUGGAUUUGGCGGGCUCAGAACGUGUGAAGAAGUCGGGCUCUGAAGGCAUGCGAUUUCAGGAAGCAACCAACAUUAACCGCAGCUUGUUGGCCUUCGGGAAUGUUGUCAGCGCCUUGGCAGCUCGCAAAUCGCAUGUGCCAUUGCGAGAUAGCAAGCUCACCAGGAUUUUGGAUGGAUCCAUUGGCGGAAAUUGUCGCACCUGCCUACUGGUUUGUGUCAAUUCGGCCUUCGAGCAUGUGGGAGAGACUUUGAACACCUUGGAGUUUGCAUCGCGAGCGAUGCGUGUGGAGGUGGAUGCAAAGGUCAAUACUGCCCUGGUCGAAGUUAGUGCCAAGAAUCUCCUGGCGGAUCUCAAUCCUGAAGCUCAUGAGUUUGGGAAGAAGGUCAUGGCGGACAAGAAGGAAAUCGAGGCUUUGCGGAAGCAAUCUGCAGAGGCCGCGGAGCAGGCGAAGAAGGAGGCAGAGAAACGUGAGAAGGUGCCUUUGAGAGCUUUCAGAAUGCCAAGCCUCCUAAAAGCGAUGGCCUCCAACCCAACAGCAGUGGCCUCCAACCUAAUGGCAGCGGCCUCCAACCUAGAGUAA